UCACACCCAGCAGCAACCGAGCGAGCAAGCCAUGGCGGCGCUGCGCUUAGGUCUGGAUGCGGCGUCGCAGCCAUGUUGCGUCCUGGCUCGCGGUGCCUUGCUGGAGAUGCGGGGUGUUGUGGGCUCCUUGGCCACCGCUUGGGCUCCCCACGGAGGCCGUCGAUGGCGGUCGUGGCCCCCACCCCCACUCCCUCACUGCCGCAAGGCGGCGGCGGCCACCAGCCAGGCAACCGCGGGGUCAUCCCCAACUCAGCUGGACUCCAGACAGCGGCACCGCGCAAUUGCGCGACGCCAACGCAACUACCGGAGCCGGCUAGCUGCGGACGUGCGGGUGCGGAAGUGCGAGCCUGUGAGGCCUAGGCUGGUCGGUCGUCUCCACAUCGAGGGCCAUGUGCUGACGAAGAGAGGUGAUUGUUGAGAAGGCUGAGAGUUAAUUAUCAACUUCUCUAAGUUACCAUAACUGCUAUACUUUUUUACAAUGACUAUCCUCAUCUUUAAUUGUUUAUGGGUAAUAUUCUUUCCCCUGAUGACUGAUGGCAGUUGGUGCCAUAAUUUGGCUACCCCAAGAUAAAUAUGCAACAA